GGGGGUGUAAGUGAAAACCCCCCUAAACAUAAACUGAGAGUAGAAUCUACAUCACCCACCGGUGGUGUUGAUGCACUGGUGUCCUCACAAGAUACUCAUCUCAAUCGUCCAAACCUCGGCACCUCAUCCCUGCUCCUUCCAAACCCCACACACAAAACCCUCCAUGAAUGGCCUCUGUAUUCACCCCAAAGGGCCCUAACCCUUAAAAAAACCCAUCUUUAGUCACUUCCAAAUCUUAAUGUUAAUUUCUUCACCUCUCACCCACACCCAUUUUCUCACCACCAGUUUCUUCAUCAAUCAAUGGAGCUUUGUUCGCCCUUCAAACCCCUCCCAAAACCCUGCUCAACCCACUUCACACCUGACCUCUCUUUCUCUUUCUCUUCCUCUUCCUCAUUUCCCACUUUCCCUAUCCAAACCCACUUCAAAAAGCCCAUAUUUAAGAAACCCAACUGCCAGAUUUUUCGUGUUUCGGCCGUAGCUGUAGACCCUCAAGAACUCCCCCAAAACAGCCCACAGAGACUCCUCAAGGAGCUCGCUGAGCGUAAAAAGGUCAUAUCUCCCAAGAAAAGAGUACCCCCCAAGAGGUACAUACUUAAGCCUCCAUUAGAUGACAAAAAGUUAGCAGAAAGAUUCCUCAACAGCCCCCAAUUGUCCCUCAAGUCAUUUCCUUUGUUGAGUUCUUGUUUACCCUCUUCGCGAUUUACCAAUGCUGAUAAGACAUGGAUGGAAGGGUACCUUUUGGAAGCCAAGCAGGCACUUGGGUACCCCUUGGAGCCCUCUGAAGGAUUGGGGGAUGAUAAUCCGGCUAAGCAAUUCGAUACAUUGUUGUACUUGGCUUUUCAGCAUCCGUAUUGUGAGAGGACAAACACGAGGCACAUUAGGUCGGGGCAUUCUAGGUUGUGGUUUCUGGGACAGUAUGUGCUUGAGCAGGCACUUGCUGAGUUUUUCUUGCAGAGGUAUCCGAGGGAGUCACCUGGUCCGAUGAGGGAGAGGGUUUAUGCGUUGAUUGGGAAGAGGUUUCUUUCCAAGUGGAUUAAAGCUGCUAGCUUGCAGAAUUUGAUCUUUCCUUUUGAUAACAUGGAUAAGUUGGUACGAAAGGAACGUGAACCGCCGGUGAAAUCUGUGUUCUGGGCUUUGUUUGGGGCAAUAUAUCUCUGUUAUGGUAUGCCGGAAGUAUACCGUGUUCUUUUUGAAGUAUUUGGAAUGGAUCCAGAAGCUGAAGACUGUCAGCCUAGAGAAAGGAGACAGCUUGAAGACGUAGACUAUGUCUCUGUGGAAUUUGAAGGCAGAAAACUUAACUGGCAAGAUGUUGCUGCAUAUAAGCCCCCAGAAGAUGCUCUUUUCACACACCCAAGGCUUUUCAGAGCUUGCGUCCCUCCAGGCAUGCAUCGCUUCAGAGGAAAUAUAUGGGAUUACGAUAGCAGACCCCAAGUUAUGCGGACAUUGGGGUAUCCCUUAGCAACGACUGAUAGAAUUCGAGAUAUUACCGAAGCCAGGAAUAUUGAACUUGGUCUUGGGUUGCAGCUAUGUUUCUUGCACCCAUCAAAACAUAAGUUUGAGCAUCCCCGAUUUUGCUUUGAGAGAUUAGAAUAUGUUGGCCAAAAGAUCCAGGAUCUUGUGAUGGCGGAGAGGUUGCUCAUGAAGCAUCUCGAUGCACCCGGGAGAUGGUUGCAAGAGAAGCAUCGGCGUCUUCUGAUGAACAAAUUUUGUGGGAAAUACUUGAGGGAGAAAAAUCUACACCGCUUCAUUAUUUAUAGCGAACAGGUUCAAGAUGCGUUUGAACACAAUCGAAGACUGAGGAACCCAGCCACCACUUCAGUCCAACAGGCCAUCCACGGACUCUCAUACACUGUUUAUGGGAAGCCAGAUGUGAGACGCCUCAUGUUUGAGGUUUUCGACUUUGAGCAGAUCCAACCUAAAGAAAUUGUAAACGUUUAGAUACAACUUUUUUAUGCAUCUUAAAAGGGCAGGUCCGUUUUUUCGACCUGUGAAAUCAUUGUGGUGGAAUGUGUAAUUCUAAGAUGUAAAAGUGGUUGAAUUUUGUUUAUGUGUUAAGACUUUGGUAUGUCAUGGCACGAGGGGGAAUUGAAAUGUACAUACUUUUGUUUUGUGUUUCA